AUGUUAAACAGAAUUUUUUCUUCUGUUGUAGCACAUUAUAUAACUUCCGGUAGCUAUAUACUGGGAGGUUACCAGGCCCUGCCGAUACACAGUCCCAAUAAUAUUAUUCCAAAUCAUGUCCUGCAGGCCAGGUAUGCAUGUAAUGCACUGAUGCUGAGUUGCAGAUCCAUUGAAUGUGGUGUCCCAAGCUUGGUUCCCCAGACUGAGAAUAUGGUAAUCUCUGGUAAAGCGGCACAGAAUGGGGAGUGGCCCUGGCAGAUAUCCCUGAAGUACCUGGGUCGACACAACUGUGGAGGCAGCAUCAUACACCCAGACUGGAUACUGACGGCUGCACACUGUGUAGACUCUGGCUCAGGAUUUGAGAUAGGAAUGGGAAAUAUUGACAAUACUGCGUUUGCUGUUGAUGGCCAGUUGAUAAACGUGGCUCAGGUUUACAUACAUGAAGAUUAUACCACGAGCACCUCUCCGUAUUAUGUUGACAUGGCCCUCCUCAGACUGGCCCGGCCUAUAUACUAUAACGACAGAGUCCGACCAAUCUGCCUAGCCACACAGAGAGAGGGAUUACGUAACUGUUUUGUCACAGGAUGGGGAGCAUCUCAUUACGAGGGAGGAACUAGGGUGUUACCUGAGAUUCUACAAGAGACAGGUGUAUUGGUAGUAAAUAACACGGAGUGUCGUAAGAUGUGGGCCAGGGUCUCUACUGAUGUAGUGAUCCAGGACUCGGUCGUCUGUGUGGAUAACAGAGAACCAUUCUCUCCAGUGUGUAAUGGUGACUCAGGGGGACCCCUGGUGUGUCAGGAUGAUAAGGGUUACUGGAAGCUUCUAGGGGUGACUUCUCGUGGUCCAACAGGCUGUGUUUAUCAUGAGUACCUACCAGCUAUGUACCAGGGUGUUCCAAGUGAUCUAGCCUGGAUAAGCAGGAUAACAGGUUUGGAUUUUGAUAUUGCUGGUACCCCUAGUCCAUACACAGGAACUUAUCCGACGACUACAACACCAAGCUAUAAUGAAACAAAUCCUGCGUCAACUUCAUCACCAAGGUAUAAUGAAACAUAUCCCACAAUUCCAGCACCAAGGUAUAAUGAAACAUAUCCCACACUAAAAACAACACCAGCUAGUACUGACAAUCAACCUGAGCCAUCAUCAGAACCUGAACCAUCAUCAGAACCUGAACCUUCAUCAGAACCUGAACAAACAGCAAAGCCAGCUACAUCACAACCUGGUCCUGAACUAACAGGAAACCCUAUAUGAAAAGAUUUUGAACUCCGAACCAAUAUCAGAUCUUCCAUAGAUCUGCAUGCUUUGCUUUUUACAUGCUGGUAUUUUUGUGGAAUGGAAUCAUCUUCGACUGUUUAGAAAGAUUAGGAAAUUUGAUUCUUGAAAAAAAAAAAGAGCAGAAUUUUUACAGAAUUAAUAGUGUUAAAUUUAGAUCUGUCUUUUUCAAUUCAUGAAAAUCAAGUAUCCAUGAAUGUGUCCAGCAAUUAUGAGUUAAAUUUGCACUGGUAAUCAGGUGAUUUGAACUUAUUUUUCUACCUUUUAGAAUAUAUAUUUCAUUUAUUAUAUAAGUAUAUUUUUUUCAUAUAGCCUUGUGUAAUUUUUAUGCAGUUUUAUUAACAUAUAUAUAUUAUAUGUAAAUUUAUAUGUAACUAUAUAUUCAUACACAUUGAUACAUUUUUAAAAAUGUUAAGGUGUCUUCCAUUUUUAUUUUUUGAACACGUUUCACAUUUGAAUAAGGGAAACAACUGUAAUACUGUAUACAAGCUAUCUUUUUGUGGGAUUAAUUCAUGCUUUGUAUGCAGUCACAAAUUUUAUGCAGAAGUAUGUCACAGUGUACAUAAGGUGCAUUCAAGGCAAUUUGGUAUCUCUGCUUGAUUUUUUUCCCAGCAGAUUGAACUGAAAUUGUGAAUCAACAGAAUUGUGACCCCAGGGGAAAAUUAAGUUUACAGUAAUUUAUCGUAUUUUAUAUCAAAUGCUGUCUUCUUUAACCUACUGCCCUUGCAGGUCAGGGGAUAUACCGGUAUAAUUGUAUAUACAUAUAUUGUAGAUCGUGCCGAGGCCGAUUAAGAGGUUAAAAAUUUCAUAUUCAUGAUUCAUAAGUCAUAUCGCUUUUAUUUUGAAUGGGGGACAUGUUUAGCCACUCAUUAUACACUGGUCAUUUUGUCAUUACAAGACAGUUUCAAAUUCUAUCCUUUACCAAGUCUCUUUUUGAAUGUGUUUUGGUUUAAGACCUUGCUUUAUUUUGAUUUUCAUCAACAAAGUUAUAAAACUGUAAUUUUAAUAUUUGAGUUUCUUUUCUUCUUUUUUUUCCCAUUGAGUUAAGAAAUUUUAUAUAGGUAUAUAUAUCAGAUUCUCAAUACAUGUUACUGAAAAGAAAAAAAUAAGAUGUGAUACAGAUUUUUUUUUCUUUCAAUAGAUAUAUAUAUAUGUAUAAUUUUCAAACUGUAAGUUCAUUCUUGAUGUACUUAGUAAAAAAAAUCAGUGAAAAUAGUUUACAGCUAAAUUAAAUAAAAAUGUUUGCAAAAGCUUUGCUGUCAUAUCGCAUUCAAAUUACAUUCUUAUAUACAAUAAUUGCCUGUAUAUACAUGUAACAUGGUAUUGUGCUUUUAAUAUUUCAUCUCAUAUGAACCCAUUGUACCCACACUUUCAUUUCUUUUUCCAGCAUACUAGAAAAAGCUUUAAUGUGAUAAUUUCCCAGUUAUAUACUGGUAUAUACCAGAAUGCAGUGUAUGAAAUUUUUCAUAAGAAUAUGCUAUUAAAAAUUCUUAUAUUUAU